AUGCUGUGCCAAGAAGCUCAGGGUGGAAGGAUUACUCUGUUUAAAUCCCUACACCCAGCCUACAGCCAGUCCAGAGUACACAUGAGUGUCCAGAGAGAGAAGGGUCAACAAGGUAAUGUACUGCGGCGUACCGAGAGUCUGUGUUGUUGUGUAGGAGCCUUUCAGUGCCUGGUAGAGGUGUCUAGGCCUCAGUCUGCAGAGUCUUCCGCUGUCAGCCGAUGCCUUUUCUGCUAGGCCGUUGGCGCGUUAUGUAGGCCUCCUGGAUCAGCAUUCUUCCUUUCAUGUGCUGUGGAGGGGCUCCCUGCCUGCGUCUCCCGCUGGUAUCAAGCCUCACUGCCUCCCGGUCAUCGUUACUGCCGAUGCCACAAGUUUUCAGGUGCAGAGUUGCGCCUUGCUGGGUGAGGGUUGUUGGGGCUGCUGAGGUGCUGGUGAGUCGAGCAUGUUGGCAGGUCCCUCUCUGAGGCGCGAGGACGCGCUUUCUGGGGCACCAGUUACCUUGAGCUGUUUCCCGCCAUGCUGUUCUCCGGCGUCAGCGCCAUCCGAGAGAAGCUCUGGAGGUGUUCAGGGAUUCCCGCUUAGCUAUCGCUGGGUUGCUUGGGAGGCUUAAUUUGCAAGCGCUUUGUGGUAGGCCGUGUCUGUGCCGCCAUCUUGUCUGGGCCCAGACAGGCCCUUCUUGCUUUGGGUGCCAUCGCUUGGUUAUGCGUUGUUGCUGGGGUAUUCGCCCCCAUCGAGGACCGGGAUAUAACCCGCCGGGAUAUCCCACGCCAGAGGGGGUGGAGGGGCAGCAGGGCUAUACUGCAUGUGUGCAGGCCCCGUGCCGGGAGAUCGGCCGUCUCCCCCGGUCCUCAGGCUCUGCUCCAAUGCAGGCCGCAUGGUCGGUACGGGCCGUUCCGCUUCGCAUCGGUGCUGGACCGAUAUCAUUCUGUUCCUCAUGUCUUCAUAAGAUGGAUUCCGGUCACUGUGCGCUGCCUACGUUAACGGGCUGGUCGGUAGUUGCGUGUAUGUGCUCUAUAUUGCUGGAGCUCUUAGAAUGUGCGACCCGCCAUCUUGGCUGUCAGGCACUGCCCGUGGGUGCAGGGUUUUUAUGUGAAGGGGAUGUAUGAACUUUAUGUAAAGGGGUGCAGGGUUUUUAUAUGAAGGGGGUAUGAAUUUGAUGUGUAAGGGGGGUUCAGGGUUUUUAUAUGUAGGGGUGGUGCAGGGUUUUUAUGUGAAAGGGGGAUGUGUAAGGGGGUGCAGGGUUUUUAUGUGAAGGAGGUGUAUGAACUUUGUGUAAAGGGGUGCAGUGUUUUUAUAUGAAGGGGGUAUGAAUUUGAUGUGUAAGGGGGUGUGAUAAAGUGAAGGCAGAUAGGCUUUUUAACCCCAGGGGAAGUACGUGUAGUUUGUGUGUUGCACAACACAAAGCAUUGUUUAGUUAUGGGCCCCUGGGGUGGAGCAUUUGGAGAGAAGGGUGGGCCAAUGCUCCACUCCACAGUUUAGUGGUUUUCUGGGGAGACAUAGAUCCAAGCCAGGGUUUUUUGGACCGUCUCCAACCCACUGCUCAGCUGCAGUUAAUGAGCUGUUGCAGUGGGAAUAAACCCCUCCCGGCUAGACAGGAAAAGGAGAGGGAUUGCUGGCUUCCUCCCAGGAAGCAGGUAGGAGAGAGGCUGUUCUCUCCAGAUAGAGAGCCAAGGCUGGCUUGGAGCACUAGGAGUGCAGAAAGGAAAGCCGUCAGGGCAAGGCUGGCUUGGAGCACUGGGAGUGCAUGAGGAAGCAGUCAAGGCUGGCUUGGAGCACUGGGAGUGCAGAAAGGAAAGCAACAGGCUAGCUAGCAGAGUGUUGCUAUCUAAUAAGGUUGGUGCAAUAUGUUUUGUUAGUUUAACCCUGAUAGAGAGGGAUAUACAAAGUGAGUCAGUGCUCAGACGAGCUAGGUUUUUGUUUAAAGGGAAACCUGUUAUAUUUAUGUUUUCAUUUGCUGCUGCCUCAUAUGUAAACUUACAAAUAAAGUGCCUGGAAUGAAAUUGCAUUGAAAGACUGUGCAUGUUUUUGCCCUAGAGGACCGUGCUACCUGCAGACAAAGAUCACAGGGGUUGCAGGGUUUUUAUGUGUGGGGCGUGCAGGGUUUUUAUAUGUAGGGGUGGUGCAGGGUUUUUAUAUGUAGGGGUGGUGCAGGGUUUUUUUAUGUAGGGGGGUGCAGGGAUUUUAUAUGUAGGGGGUGCAGGGAUUUUAUAUGUAGGGGGGUGCAGGGAUUUUAUAUGUAGGGGGUGCAGGGAUUUUAUAUGGGGGGUGCAGGGUUUUAUAUGUAGGGGGGUGCAGGGUUUUAUGUGUGGGGGGGAUGCAGAGUUUAUGUGUAGGGGGUACAAAAAAACUUGUGGAUGUUUUUUACAUUUUGAAGAGGGGGUGUGUGCCAAACACAGGGUCCGCCACGGGUGCCGAAUGCUCAAGGUACGUCCCUGAGCACCGGCCCUGUGUGUGCAUAAGUGUGGAUGCAGUGUGUGUAGUGGAUGCAGUGUGUGUGUGUGUGUGUGUGUGUGUGUGUACAUUUGUAGGUCAGGAUAAGGGCUGCGUUUUAUGGGCUGUGAGCAGGGUUUUUUUAGCGUUAUCCCUCCUCCGUUCUGGUGGGGGGGAGCACUACAUUCGCUGGUGGUCUGGUGGCACUGCUUGCUGCUUAUAUAGUAAAGAGAGGCAGGUCCUCUCUUGCGAGCCCUGGCAUUGUGCCACACAAGAGCAUUGUCGUCGUAACACUCUUGACAGCCAGGACUCAUAAGACAGGGCCCCGGGCCCCACAUUCGCUAUUCAAGCCAGUCCACGGGUGCAUAUAUUUAUAGUGAUAUAUAUAAUAUGUAGUGCUAUAUAUAUUCACCAGUGGGAGCCCAGGCCACUAAUAUAUAUAUAUAUAUAUAUAUAUAUAUAUAUAUAUAUAUGUGAUACAGGGCCUGCUUUCUCUCUCUAUGUGGCCUGGGCCCUGUACAGCCGCAUAGUAGCAAAGAGGUCAACACACAAAGCAAGGAAGUGGACUUGUACUUAAGAGUGGACCUGUAUAAACAGGUAAAAUGUGCAAUUUUUGUGCCGCAAAGGAUCUGGGACCCAGCUGCUGAUACACCGAAUGAGAACAUUACUACAAUGCCAAUUAGAGAUGUGGUUGUGUUAUAUUAUUGUGAUCUUUGCUACAUGUAGCUUCUUCAUUGUCCUUUCUACAAAAACAAAUAAUGUAUUAGUUGUGUUUUUCUGUUUUCUUUUCAGCAUAUUCAACAAAACUGAACAGGUUUCCAAUUUUUCAUUUCCAUGACGAUUUGAAAGAUCUGUGCAUCAGUGCUGUGAGCUCCAACACUACCAAGGCAACUUUGUACGCACUAAAUGUUUGGCGCUACUGGUGCAUGACCAGAGGGUUGAAAGAUUGUAUGGACUUCACCAAGGUGAGCUGUAAUGGUCCUUUCUUUUAUUUCUCCACUCAUUUAGUUCUACAUAAACAACUUUAAAAUACUAAUGUAAUAUAAUAAAUAUGCAAUAUUUAAUGUAUUACUGAAGUAGGUUCCCAUUAAAAGUAUAGUGCAUUUUUGUUUCCUUUAAGAUUCUAUGCUUCAAAUAUGUAGAAUCUGGUGUAAGUAAGAGGCGUUGUGCUUUCAUUUAGGACUAGUUUAUGGUGUUUUUCCACCAUACCUACCAGUUGACAUCAAUAUAUAUGCCAUUUUAAGCUGCUAUAGCCCUGUGUAGAUUUUUUUAUUGAGGGAAUACCCAAACAAAUUAACCAUUUGUCAAGCAAGUUCAGGGGUCCCAGACCUUCCAGAUAUUAGUGAAAAAAAAAUAACAACCACUAACAGAACCAUGGAGCAGAUUGCCGCAUAAAGCAAAUAUCAUGAAACAUCUCUAAAAUGAAUGACCUCAAAAGCCAACACUGAGUUCUUGCACAAAGAGCAACACUGCAACAGCAGCUUCAAAAACCACACAUCUCCCUCAAAUCUUUGCUCUCCGGGCAUAUCAGGAGUGCUGGAGUUGGGCUGGAGUUGGGGCCCAGAGCUCUCCAUGGGCCCAGAGCUUUGUACAUCCUUGGGUGCAAACUUUCACACCUAGCCAAAGGAUCAGAAUUGAACGUUUUGCUUAAGAAGAAGGAACCUAAUUGUUAAACGUUUCCUGUGAUCUGACAAAUGGCACAUCCCUCUAGCAGGGCAGUUACAUUAACCCUUCCAGUGCUAAUCAUCCAUACCUCUAUUUGGGUAACCAUUCCCUGUAUCCACUACACACAUCUGUUGAGUUACGACAUUUUCCCCCCAUAAAACAAUGGGUCAUGUUCGCUGGGCAUGACAAGCAGUACAUCACAACAUAGAGAUUAGACAUUUAUUGUAUUGUAUUGUGUGGGUCUGGAACUUUAGUAUCAAUUAGCCCUAUGGAAAUCCAGCUAGGGCCUAUUCAAUUGUGUCUACCUUCAGCUUUAGCUUCAAUAAUCCCUUUAUUUACCUGACCCUGUAUACUGGAGCAUCAUUCUGAAAUGGGUUGGGUUUGAAUAAAAAAAGAAAGUGCAUACACUUUUGCAUCCAUACAGUUGCAAGAAAAAGUAUGUGAACCCUUUGGAAUGAUAUGGAUUUCUGCACAAAUUGGUCAUAAAAUGUGAUCUGAUCGUCAUCUAAGUCACAACAAUAGAUAAUCACAGUUUGCUUAAACUAAUAACACACAAAGAAUGAAAUGUUGCCAUGUUUUUAUUGAACACACCAUUUCAUUCUUUGUGUGUUAUUAGUUUAAGCAGACUGUGAUUGUCUAUUGUUGUGACUUAGAUGAUGAUCAGAUCACAUUUUAUGACCAAUUUGUGCAGAAAUCCAUAUCAUUCCAAAGGGUUCACAUACUUUUUCUUGCAACUGUAUAUGCUCCCAAUCUGAACCAAUCCUUAUUCCUCCACAAGACCGUUUCUUCUUUUGUGGAGGACACCCUGACUGAAGGAGAAGACUUUAACAUCCCCCCAAAUCCUGUAUUGAAUUAAUUUGCUAUGCGAAGCUGCAUUCCUCAGCACAGGAUAACAGUGAUUAAGAGAGCACUUCAGGAUUUGCAUCUAGUGGAUUGUUGGAAAACAUUAAAUCCUACCAGCAAUGUUUACACACACUGUACUGCUCUCCACAGACGCCAGACCCAAACUGACUACAUAUUUGUCCAACAGGAACAACUCCCAUGUCUCCAUUCUGCAGCAAAUCUGGCCUCUACUUAGAAGGCCUAUAAUCUGGUCCAGUAUUCCUGUGAAUCCUCAUUGCUUAGAGCGAAGGAGGGGACCUGGGAAAUUAAAUUGUACUCGAUGACCGAGAGGUGGUCUCACAGACACAUUGGACCUUUAAUAUUUACUUUUCUAGAAAAUUAUUCCAAGAUGACAUCUCUGAUGUCACUAUGGGAGGCACACAAAUGUUACAAAACAUUUUAAGUGAUUUAUUAUAUCUGUCAGAUUUUUUUAUCUAUUGCAUCUUUUGCGUUAUAACUUUUUGUUUGAAUGCCAUGUUUUUAGACAAUGCAAAGGAUUUAUCAAUCUUUCUGUCAUUAUUUUCAGGCAGAAAAGUGUUCUAUCUUACUAUAAUUUUGGUGGUUUACUGAAGUGCAUAUUUCUGGGAAAACUGGCAGAGUUUUUAAAGCUAUUUUUUUUUUUUUAAAUCUGUGCUUUGUAUUUGUGUUCUCAUGGGUUUGUGUGGUCAUGAAUGGGCUAAAUUCCAGGCAAAUGAGGGAUUUUGUUGUUAAAAUGUGUGAUGCAUAAUUCCACUUAUUUGGUAACAUUAAAACACUCAUGAGCAUAUGAAACAGGUUUCAAAUCUUAUUUGUGGAAGUAGCUCGCUUUAAAUGUAUAGUUUAAAAUGUAGAUAUAUAGAAAUAACCAAAGGGGUUUCAAAAUACAUUGUAUCUGGUAAAAUUGCUGAAAUAACAGUUUAUUGCUAGGACUAACAAAUACUUCAGCAUACAGGCUGGCCCAUAAGUCCCUACCCAUCCAGCACACAGAUACACUGGAUACAUAAGAUAUAUGGAUGGGUAGGGACUUACGGGCCACCCGGUAGUAUCUAGUUUUAUAACUUUUGAAAUUUGUAGGACGUUCUAUAUGUUCAAAUGUUCUGAUAUCAAUAUACUGCUGUAGAUAUCAUACAUUAUGGUGAAACCCAGUUCUUAAAGGGUAACUCCAAGCACCACGGCUUAAAUGAUUUGAAGUAGUUAUGGUGUCGAGAGUUUGUAUGUGCAGUGUUCUCGCUAUGACAAAACAGAGAUUACCCCAUCUGCUGCUGGCAGUUUAACUGUUUUGGCAGCCUCAUGGAACGUCAUAAGCUAGCCCAGAACUAGUUUUUGGGCUGACUAAUGUCAGAAUUAUAGUCUUUGGCUGUGAGUGGUCCAAUGAAGCUCUUCAAGCCAUUGAAUGAAAGGAUCAGCAUCUGCAGAAGCUGGAUGCAUGUCACAACCAGCAAUAGAAGAGAUUCAGUGCCUAACAAGCCCAGGUAAGAGGGCCACAUUUACCACAUUCAGGGCCGCCAUCAGGGGGUGACAACCAUAACGGUCCUGGCCCCACAAUUACUCUCUGCACCUAUAUAUAGCGAUGAUCGCUAUAUAUAGGUGCAGCCGCGGGACUCCCCCCCGGCUCCCUAUACUUGCAUAGGGGGCCCAGCAGACUGCAGCUGUACUUUACAACAUUUCCCUCGCUCUAACUCCCGCGAGACGUGCGGCUGUUAGAGCGCUGCCAUGGAUUACCAUGGCAACGUUCCGAGCGGCACGCACACCACAUCUCGCGGGAUUGAGAGCGAGGGAAAUGCUGUAAAGUACAGCUGCUGGGCCCCCUAUGCAAGUAUAGGGAGCCAUGGAAUCUCCCCCCUCCCUGAACCAGGUAAGAAACAGUGAGGGGGGAAUAACAGUUAUUACAUUUACAUGCAUACACUACUAAACACACACGCACACUGCAUCCACUGCACAAACACACACACUGCAUCCACUGCACAAACACACACACUGCAUCCACUGCACUAACACACACACUGCAUUCACUAACACACACACUGCAUUCACUGCACUAACACACACUCUGCAUCCACUGCACUAACACACACUGCAUCCACUGCACUAACACACACUCUGCAUUCACUACACUGACACACACUGCAUUCAUUACACUAACACACACACUACAUCCACAACACUAACACACACACUGCAUUCAUUACACUAACACACACACUGCAUUCAUUACACUGACACACACUCUGCAUUCAUUACACUGACACAUACUCUGCAAUCAUUGCACUGACACACACUGCAUUCAUUGCACUGACACAGUCUGCAUUCAUUGCACUGACACACAGUCUGCAUUCAUUGCACUGACACACACACUGCACUGACACACACACUGCAUUCAUUACACUAACACACACUGCAUUCAUUGCGGGGGGAGGCCAGGCAUGGGGGUGGGGGGCGUGGGGCGUGGGGGGCCCAGACCUUGUGCUUUGUCAGGGGCCCCAAAAUUUCUGGUGGCGGCCCUGACCACAUUACCGGGAAAUGGGGCCAAGGUACGCCAAGCAUCAUAACCACAACAACAGGCUGUUGUAUUGUUAUCGCUAUAGUAACCCUUUAAAUUACUGUAAUUGGUUACACAUUUUAUUUGUGAAUAAGGACACUUCACUAUUUUUGAAAUUGUUGUCCCAGUCUCAUAUCUCACUUACUUUUUUUAAAUCUUCUUCAAGGUUCCAGCUGUUAAACUGAAUGAACUUUUGGAAGACUUUUAUGUCACUGUGAAGAAAACCGAUGGGUCAGAUUUUCUUGCUACCUCCCUUCAUGCUAUCCGUCGGGGGUUGGACCGCAUCCUGAAAAAUGCUGGAGCUGGUUUCUCUAUAACCAGCAGUGUCUUCAAUUCCUCUUCCCAAAAGCUGAAGGAAAAGCUAAGAUUGCUCAACAAAGCUGGCAUGUCAGGUUCUCGAUCACGCAAUAUUGUCUAUUUCUCACUGGCAGAUGAAGAAGAAAUGUGGAGAAUUGGUUGUCUGGGGGACGAUGGUCCGGUACCAUUGUUGUCUUCUGUGGUAAAAUAUAAUAGUCAAUUUCUAAAUAUGAGGACUUUACAGGAGCAUGCAGAUCUGAUGUUUGGUGACAUUGAACUUCUGAAGGAUGCAAAUAACAGACCAUUCUUCGCUAGAACAGACAGUGUGAAGAGGGACAAGCAGGCUAACCCUAACAAAAUGUGUUAUGGACAGGUAUACCAUGAGCAUUCAAAGGGGCACAGAAGAUGUCCAUAUUGUCUCUUAUAUAAGUACAUGUAUACUUACCGUCCACCUACACAGAUGGAAGUAAAUGCACCCUUUUACCUCACUGCUCGAAAAGAGGUUGGUUCAACGGAUAAUAUCUGGUAUGAAGAACAGAGAAUGGGACUCAGAUCUUUGCGAGGUGUUGUCCCAAAAUUGGCAAAACGUGUGAAGCUUGAUCAAUGUGAUAAUUACACAUUUGUUUCUUUUACUCAGACAUUCAGAAAGUUUGGCCCUCUUAGCAACUAUUAA